AUGGCCAUCCUCGACGUCAACAAGGAUCUUGCUGCUCUCUUUGAGCUGCAGGCAAAAGCCACGCCAGAUGCAGUGGCUCUUGAGGACGAGACUCGCACUCUCACCUACGCUGAGCUGGACCAAGAGACGCAGAGCCUCGCUGACCGUCUGCGUCGUGAAUAUGGAGUCGGCAGAGACCACCUCGUUGGCAUUCUCAUGAACCGGAGCGCCGAUUAUGUCGUGGCUUCCUUGGCUGCACUUCGUGCGGGUGGUGCUUUCUUGGUGCUGGAGCUUGCGUAUCCUUCUGGGCUUCUGCGCGAUGUCAUUGAGGAUGCGAAGCCAACAGUAGUCAUCACGCAAACAGAGCACGUCAACCACAUCAAAGCCGAUGUGCCCAUCAUCGCCUACGACGAUGCCACCAAGCCAACGGCCAAUGGUCACGCUGACUCGGAGCUCCCUCCGCUGCCCGCCAGCGAUGAUCUGGAGCGCCUCGCCUUCGUGUCAUAUUCCUCUGGUACGACCGGCCAGCCCAAGGGUAUUGCCAACCCUCACAGAGCUGCAGUGCGCUCUUACGACCUGAGAUUCGGCCUCAGCGACCUUCAACCGGGUGACCGGGUUGCCUGCAACGUCUUCUUCGUUUGGGAGAUGCUUCGCCCUCUUCUGCGCGGUGCGACUGUCUUCGCUAUCCCAGACUGUGCCAGUUACGAUCCCACGGCUCUUGUUAGUCUGCUUGAGUCGCGGCGCAUCACAGACACGCUCAUGACACCCACAUUAUUGGCAACUGUUCUGUCCCGUUACCCACAUCUGGGCGAGCGAUGUACCGAAUUGCGAUCUCUCUGGCUCAACGGUGAGGUUGUCACGACCGACCUUUGUCGUAGAGCCAUGAAGGCCUUGCCCAAGACCAAACUACUCAACGUCUACAGCGCCAGCGAAACCCACGAGGUUGCUGCUGGCGAUAUCAGCACCUUCAUCGACUUUGAGGCCCGCGUCUGCCCAGUGGGCCCGCCGAUGGAUCCCGAGCACAUCUACAUCAUGGAUGAGGAUGGCAACAGAGUCGGCAACAACGUUAGUGGUGAACUCUACGUCGGUGGCGAUCUCCUUGCUCGCGGAUAUCUCAACCUCCCAGAGACAACACUUAAGGCAUUCCACCCGGAUCCUUUUGACAAGAAGAAGGGUGCCCGCAUGUACCGGACAGGAGACCUUGCCCGCGUGCUUCCCAAUGGUCUCCUUGAGAUCACUGGCAGAGCAGGUGGUAUGAUCAAGACUCGUGGGUACACCGUUCAGCCCGGUGCUGUUGAGAAUGCUGUGGUCAAGCACCUGGCCGUACGCGACUGCGCAGUAUCGUCUCACGGCGAUGGCCUUGAGAGACAGUUGGUUGCCUACGUUGUGCGCGACAAUGAGGACAAGAGAGGUCGCGCCGAUGUUGUCAUCGAUGAGUCUGGUUACAGCCCGGCUUCGAGACGUGUACUCUCUGAGCACCUUGCUCUCUACAUGAUCCCCACCUUUUGGGUUGAACUAGACCAGCUUCCUACCCACGGAGUCUCUGGCAAGGUCGAUCUCAAGGCUCUUCCCCCACCCCCUUCCCCGAAGGUUGCCGUCAACGGCGAGAAGGAGCAGAACACCAAAGUCAAGCUUGAGACUGUUAAGAAGCUCUGGGCCGCCUCCCUCAAUAUGCCCGCCACUGCCAUCACAGAGGAGCACAACUUCUUUGACAUCGGUGGCCACUCCCUUGUCCUCGCCGAUCUUGCCAAUCGAUUCACCAAAGAGUUUGGCUUCCCCGUUCCUCUGGCUCCUCUUGCCGGUUAUCCAACUCUGGAGGGUCACUUGAAAGCCAUUCGUGAUGCUCGCGAUGGACACACCGCAGCAGUGCAGGCUGAUUUGCCUGCUGUCCUCCGGGCAGACUGCGUUCUCCCUGACGACAUCAAGUCCAACGGUACACCUAUGCGCAAGCUGAAUGACGCUGACACUGUGCUCCUCACUGGUGCAACUGGAUACCUUGGAGCUUUCCUGCUCAAGCAGCUCAUUGAGACUACCACGGCACACAUCAUCUGUCUGGUUCGUUUCACAGACCCAACAGAGGAGUCUGCACCUGCUGGUAUGGCCAGAGUGCGAAAGAACCUGAUCGAUCUUGGCAUCUGGGACGACUCCAUGCUUGACAGAAUGGAAAUUCUGCCCGGAAACUUGUCUCGAGAACAUCUCGGUCUCUCCCCUGAGAUUCACGAUGAGCUGGUGUCACGAAUUGAAGUCAUCAUUCACGCGGCCGCAACUGUCAACCUGGUUUAUCCUUACGCAGCCCUGAGAAGCCCCAACGUCGGAGGCACCAGGGAAAUCUUGCGCCUGGCGUCGAAGAGCGGCGCCACUCUACACCACGUGUCUACCAAUGGCGUCCUGACACCAUCUUAUGCGGGUUGGGGCGAAGACGCGAUGGUCGACAUCGACGACGUUCCUGAGAAGCUUAUUGACGGAUACGGACAGACCAAGUGGGUUGCCGAGAAACUGGUCUACGAAGCUGCUCGCCGCGGUAUGCCUUGUAAGGUCUAUCGUCCGGGCACAAUCAGUGGUCACAGCAAGACAGGCUCCACCAAUGCCUGGGAUCUGCUGAACGCCCUGAUUGUUGAGUCUCUGCACCUCAAGACCGCACCAGGCAUCGACAACUGGUUCGCAGAGAUGACGCCCGUCGACUUUGUGAGUGCGGCUAUCACCACGCUCGCGAACCACAGCGAUUCCGACCAGCUUGUGUACCACCUCGGUGACCCGAAUCCGGUCUCUGCCAGCUACAUCUUCGAUACUCUCAAGGAGCUUGGAUACUCUACAACUAAGAUUCCUUGGGAUGACUGGGUUGAGCUCUGGACCAAGAAGAGAGGUUUCGGUACGGCUGGUGACGUGCCGUUCACUGUCGACAUUCUUCGAGGCGGUAUGCCUACUGCCGAAACUUUGCAGGCCGUUACUGUCCUCAAGGACGAUGCUACUGCGCCUGUACUGACCAAGUACGGGCUGGAUCGCCCCAAGAUUGACAGCCACUUGCUGGAGACGUACACUCGUCACUUCUGCGCCAGAGGCUGGCUUUCAAGGCCUCCGCGCCGGGCUGGUGUCAAUGGUGUCACAUCCCGCGUCAACAAGGGUCGUCUUGCUGGCAAGGUUGCAGUUGUCACCGGAGCCUCGUCUGGUAUUGGUGCCGCCGUCGCGGCUGGCCUGGCUAGGGAAGGUGCCCAUGUCGCCAUCGCAGCGAGACGUACUGAAGCUUUGGAGGGUGUCAAGUCUAGGCUAGCCGGCACUGGAGGCAAGGUCCUCAUCCACAAGACGGAUGUUACCAAGAAGGAGGACGUCGAAUCGCUCAUGCGAACGGCGACGGAGAAGCUCGGCCCGAUCGACAUCCUCGUCAGCUGUGCUGGUGUGAUGUACUUCACCAUGAUGGCCAACAACCACACGGAAGAGUGGGAGCGCACGGUCGACGUCAACUGCAAGGGUCUCUUGCACUGCCUGUCAUCCACGGUGCCCGGCAUGCUUGGCCGUGGAAAGGGUCACAUUGUUGCCAUCUCGUCGGAUGCCGGCCGUAAGGUUUUCCCCGGUCUCGGCGUCUACUCGGCCAGCAAGUUCUUCGUGGAGGCUACCUUACAGAGCCUGCGUCUCGAGACCGCCGGAAGUGGUCUUCGCGUGACGGCUAUUCAGCCCGGAAACGUCGCGACCGAUCUCCUCGGCAUGUCGACGGAUGCCGAGGCCCUGAAGAAGUACGGCGAGCCUUCUGGGGCCAAGGUCCUGGAUGCAGAUGAUGUGGCCUCUUCGAUUGUUUACGCUGUUUGUCAGCCGGAGCACGUCGCUGUCAACGAGGUUCUCAUUGAGCCUCGGGAUGAGCCUAUUUAG